AUGGCCAUCCCAACACAUUCAAACACUUAUAUCAAUCAACACGAAAUCAUUCCUGCAAAGAAUGACCUAGGUGCCCUAGCAAACCGGAUCAAUAGUGAGACACGUUCUUUACACAACCAAAUAGAUAAGAUGAUGACUCUAAAGUUUGCAAUUGCAGUUCGUAAUCCAAAGAUUUACAGACAGGGCAUUCAGUUUUUCUACCAUGUCUUUAGUGCCAUUGAAGACUGUCUCGCACGUGAGCUGGCAAACACGGGGAGCAAGUACCAUGAGAUGUUUGUAGGAAUCUACAAACCUGUAAUGUUAAGACGUGAGAAAUUAUAUCGUGACUUGAUGUUCUUCUAUGGUGAUGAAUCGAAAUUCGCCAAACCAAUCAUGCCAAAACAAAUUGAGUUUACUGACUAUAUCAGAAAAUCAACAGCAGAUCACCCUUACUUACUGUUGGCUUACAUGCAUGUUCUCUAUUUGGCGUUGUUUGCCGGUGGUAGAAUUAUGAGUUCUCAGGUUUCGAAAAGUCUAAGGUUGUUCCCGCAAGUUGAGGGCAAAUCCUACGAUGAAAUCAUCAAUGAAGGUACCAAUUUCUAUAAAUUUGAUGUCGAAGAUAUGGAAACUUUGAGAAUUAUCUACAAGAGAGACUACGAGCUACAGACUCGUAAUUUCUUAAGUGAGGAAGAAAAGGAGGAAGUUAUCAAUGAGUCCAAGUUUAUUUUCACUCAAGUUGCUGAAGGUAUCAAAGAAAUCGAAACCCAUAACUUAGAAGCCAUUAAAGGCUCUAUUGGAUAUCAAGUUGCUCUACAAGGGUACUACUUUGCCAUUUUCAUAACUGCAUUACUUUUAUGUAUGAUUCUCAAGAGGAUUGUUUACUCGUUUAUCUAG